AUGAACAACAUCAAAGACCCCGACGCCACGGAGCACUACGACAUCCCCAACACCGACGAAGUCCCCUCCCUCCUCACCGUCGUCCUCGACACCAACCCCCGCGCCUGGGCCAGCCUCGGCGACGCCCUCCCCUCCGCGAUGCCAUCGCGAACCUCCUCAUCUUCCCUGCUGGCUCUACCCCCAGCCGCCGAACAGAAACCCUACGUGCCGGCCGCCGCCGCCGCCCACGAUGUAGACAUGCGCGACGCCGGUCCAGGCGCCGCCACUUCCACUACCACCGCUGCCGCCAUCUCCUCCUCUUCCUCGUCCGCCGUCAGCUCCGCCAACAAGUACCCGCUCUUCGCCCAGAUCGAGACCGCCGUCACCUCUUCCAUCCGCAACAUAUCCGCCGCCAGCACCCACGCCGACCUCGCCCAAGUCACCACCAAGCUCUCCGGCGCCCUGACCAUGGCCCUCGCCUACAUAAACCGAGCCUCUCAGAGCCUCAGCACCUCCAAACCCACGGCAGCCGACGUGGGCAAGCCCAGCGUCAGCUCCGCCCUGCGCGGCAUCCGCGCCCGUAUCCUCGUCAUCUCCGUCUCCGACUCCCAACCCUCCCAGUACAUCCCCACCAUGAACGCCGUCUUCGCCGCCUCCCACCUAGAGAUACCCAUCGAUACCCUCUCCCUCUUCGGCAACGACACCUUCAUGCAGCAGGCCAGCUUCAUCACCAACGGCACAUUUCUCAAAGCCACCGAGCCCCGAGGCUUCCUCCAGUACCUCAUGAUGGGCUUCAUGGCCGAUGGCGAGGCUAGGACCGCCCUCAUCUCCCCUCGCCACCACUCGGUCGAUUUCCGCGCCGCCUGCUUCUGCCACCGCAGGGUCAUUGACACGGGCUUCGUCUGCUCAGUCUGCCUCGGCAUCUUCUGCGAGAUCCCCGCGAAUGCGGAAUGCAUACUCUGCGGGAACAAGCUCCGCCUCGGUUCCUAUGGUGCGAAACCUGCCGUCGUACCACGCAGGAAAAAGAAGAAGAAGAAGGCAGUGAACGGAAGUGGAAGAGAAGAGACCUCGAGCGCCACGGGAACCCCGCGCCCUGGUUAA